AUGACAAGAAGGUCCAAUCCAAAUACAACCAUUGAAGAAGAUCUUGACAUUGACCAACUUGAGCGCACACUUAGGCGGCUAAGAAGAGAAAGAAUGAAUCCAGGCGGAGAAGGCGCGCCAAAUAGGCCACACAACCCGCCAGACCAAGAGAGGAGAGCCAAUGAUCCUCCUAAUCCAGCAGAAGCUAGAGCUGACCAGCCAGCACCGGCCAGAGACGUUCCUCCGCCCAAUCCGAACGCGCCCGAUGCAGCUGAGCCGCUACAGCCACCUCUUAACCCGCCGCGACCACCACCGGCGUUUGCAAAUGGACAUCAUCGUCACGGUGACAACCAAGGGAUGCCUUAA